AUGACGUGGUCGCUCAUUCUUCUGUUUUUCUUGCCGAUCUAUUGGCCAUAUCAAUAUUAUUUGUUUGCGAAUGCUGAUUAUCUUUCUACCCAUGGUAUUAAUCGUUAUCAUUUUGUUCGUGCAAUUCAUGAUGAAACCACAACGACGCAUCAUCGGCGAAAGCGUUCAGUUAUUGAAAGUAAUCCCGAUCGUAUUCUCACAUUAGAACUUGAUCAUAAAAAUAUUACACUGAUUUUGAAAAAUACCAACGAAUUUUUUGCAACUGACGCUGAUCUUCAUCUGGAUUCAUCAACUUAUAUUCCUAUAGAUUCUUCUAUUCUCUACGAUGGUUAUGUCUUAGAUAAUCCCGAUCAAUCGUAUGUAAGUGGUGGAUUCUAUUCGACGUGGUUUGAUGGAACUAUAAAAACUUCGAAUGAAACGUGGCAUAUCGAACCAACUCGAAAAUAUGGAGAGAAACUGAUUCAUGCUGGACCAUCGAUUAUAUACAAUGCAUUGGAUGUGGAUAUGACCAAAUACAAUAGUAAUAACCCGUUUCGAUCGAAACGGUUCGUAAUUGACGACGAUGAAGAAGAGAAAUCAUCGUCGUUUUGCGGACUUGAUCAGGAUGAAAAACGAAAGAAGAUGAAAGAAGAAAGCCAACGAUUAGAAAAGCAUAAUGAUGAAGAUGAAGAUUUCAAAUCUCGAUAUACAAGACCUAAACGACAGACGACAAAUAAGAUCGAACGCGAACGAACUUGUUGUUAUAUUUAUAUACGUGUUGAUCCAACACUUUGGGAUGUUGUGUACAAAAAUGAAGGUCUCAACGAAAAAGAACCAACAAUUCAUGCAAUUGUAACAUUUCUUUACCGAACAGUGACGGCAGCGAAUGCGAUCUAUCGUUCAUUAAAAUUUGAGUCGAAUGGAGAUGUUUUAUAUCGAUUUACAUUACGAAUCAAACGAAUUCGGAUCUUAACACCCGACGAUUGUGGACAUAAGAAUUUGAGCUUGAGCGAAACGAAUAUUUGUCGUUCAUUUUUGGAUUCCAACGUUCUACUAACUUGGCAUUCGGCCGAGAAUUUUGCUGAUUACUGUCUGGCAUACAUAUUUGCUGCACGAGAUUUUGGCGAUGGUACCCUCGGUUUAGCAUGGAUGGGAAGUGUAGCAUCAAACAGUCGCGGUGGUAUCUGUGAGAAACCAGCUAAAGAUAUCUACGAGGGACAACGUGUGAUGAAAACAUUAAACACAGGAAUGAUAACCGUUAUCAAUCAUAACACUCGCACAUCAUCGUUGAUGACAGAACUAACCUUUGCUCAUGAAGUUGGACAUAAUCUAGGUGCUGAGCAUGAUGAUGAAAAAUGUGGCGGUGAUGGAACAAACGGUCAUUAUAUAAUGUAUCGACGGGCAACAACUGGUCUGGAAGAAAAUAAUAACAAAUUUUCCAAUUGUAGCAUGGAAAAGAUGGGACCAGUUGUAAUAUCAGUGAAGAAUCAACUUUUGGGCAAAGUUAAUUGCUUAACUGAAUGUUCACAAGUCGGCUAUUGUGGCAAUCGAAACGUUGAAGAUGAUGAAGAAUGUGAUUGCGGAUUUAUAUCCGAAUGUACAGAUGAUUGUUGCUAUCCAGCAGGCGGCCCUGACGCAAAAUUAGGUUGUAAACUCAAACCAGGUGCUCGUUGCAGUCCAUCGAAAGGUCCAUGUUGUUCGGAAUACUGUACAUUUCAGCCAUCUACCCAUAUUUGUCAUAAAGAUAAAGCCAGUCAAGAUUGUAUCGGAGAUGUUCGAUGCGAUGGUGUUCAAGCGACAUGUCCUCUUAAUGAUACUCAAUUCUUUAAACCAAAUGAUACACCAUGCAAUCAAUUUACACAAUUAUGUGAUCGAGGGGAAUGUAAUAAAACUAUUUGUACAUUAAUUGGUAAAUCUGAAUGCACAAUAACGAUACCGAAUGUCGAAGAUCCGUUGCGACAGCGAGGUGUGGAUCGAGAAUAUCUAUGUCACAUUGGUUGCUAUGACACUCGAACGAAUUCGUGCGUUGAUACGUUGACUCUUCGUAUGCCGAAUAAUCACAGUAAAAGUGGUUUUGGUUAUAAGCAUCGGCCAGGUCAUGCCUGUGCUGGUACAGCUGGUUACUGUGAUGUGUUUGGUAAAUGUCGUGCGGUCGAUGCUGAAGGUCCGCUCACUCGAUUGAAAAAUAUGUUAUUAAAUGAAGAAAAUAUUCGAACACUUACUCAAUUAACUCAGGAAUACUGGUGGGCAUUUGUCUUAGGUGUUUUGGGUCUUAUUGGUUUUAUGAGUGUUUUUGUAAAAAUUUGUUCUGUACAUACACCGUCAUCCAAUCCACGGUUUAAGCCUGCUCGAACUCUUUCAUUGAAACGCGGAUCUCAUGGCCCACGACCACAUAGUGCUCAAAAUGGUUCUCGGCAACCUCCAUCUGCAUCGACAGCACUAAAUGGUGGUAGUGAACUGACUUCACUGCAACAAUCACAACAAGAACAACAACAACAACAGCAACAAGUACCAAAGCGACAACCGAAAGUGUUUGUUCGUGGAGCGACUUCGUCAGAUAAACAACAGAUACGUCUACAACAGACUAAAAAUAAAGCCUCUCGUCGUUUAUAA